GAUUCAAUUUUUUUUUUUUCUCUCUUUUCUUCUCUGUCGUUUCGUUCUCUCUCUCUCUCGUUCUCCGGCGGUGUCUUCUGUCGUUCCAAAUCCUCCGCUUCCUGUAGAUUCCUAGGGUUUCCGCCACCGCUUCUCUAUCCCUGUGGUUUGUUUUCCCCCCGAGCUGGAUUCUCUGCUCUCGCGCCGCUGGUUCAGCGGCUUUGUUGAUUGAUUCGAUUCUAAUCGAUCUCCGAUUCUCGCCCAAUCGUAACAAUAACCUAGGGCUGCACGAUUCGAUUUUGAGGGAUUUUCAUCGGGUUGUUUGAUUCUCUCUGGUGUGUUCUCCGAUUUGGAUGGCAUUGGGAGACUUAAUGGUAUCUCGGUUCUCAGUCACCGCUACGACGACGACUGUGUCUCCUCCAGUCACGGUGAUUCAUCGCGGAGGAAAGAUUCCGACGCUACGAGUAGUAUCUACGGAAAUGGCACGGCGGAGAGAGCCUCUGUUACCAGUAUGGCGUACUUGCCGCAGACUAUCGUCCUCCGCGAGCUUAGACACGACGCGUCUGAGGCGUCUGCGCUCUUGGGGACUUCCGAGGGGAUUGUAUUGGCUCCUAAAUGGCGGCUUAAAGAGCGAAUGAAAACAGGAUGUGUAGCUCUAGUUCUGUGUUUAAACAUUACUGUUGAUCCGCCGGAUGUUAUAAAGAUAUCUCCUUGUGCAAGAAUUGAGGCUUGGAUAGGGUGAGCCCCUAUCAUCUUUAGAUGUUCCAGUAUCUCCUUGCAGGGAUGAUGAAGGCAUCAGAGAAACAAAGUGCAGGGAUGAUCUGGCGUCUAUCCCAUAUUUUGAUCAACAUUCGCUUUCAGAAUCAGCCCCAGAUUUCGAUCUACAACCCCCUGCUGCGUCAGACGCCACUGCAGAAGAGGAAAGCUACCGAGAGUUGGCAUCUGUUCCAUCAUAUGUUGAACUUACCACAGAACAAAGCGAAACUGUUGGAAAGUUGGCUUUAGAAAGGAUAAUUGAAUCAAAUAGACAUGUCUGCGGGUUUGAUUGUAACCGACGAUGUUCUCUUUUCUAUAUACUCUCUUUGUCAGUAGGAGUUUUGGUUUGGUACUUGGUAGAGUAGAAAGAGCAUCCUCUAAA